GUUGCGCACUUCAGCUGUUUAUCAUUCUCGUUUGUGUUGAUUUCGCGAACAGUUUGUCUUAGUUUUAAUCCGAUAUUAUAUUUUAAAUAAACUUAAGUUAAAAAUGCUCUGUCGGCUGGUGGGAAAUGGCAACCUGGGCGCCCGAUAUUCAGCCUCUAUCAAGGCUAUCGCGUGCUACUCCACGUCUGGAAAACAGCGAAAUGGCAAGAUCUACGAGUCAGCCAUAGAUGCAGUAUCCGAUGUCCAGGAUGGCGCCAAGAUCCUCUUCGGUGGAUUCGGAAUCUGCGGUAUUCCGGAGAAGAUGAUCGACGCCCUCAAGCAGAAGGGAGUCAAAAAUAUCACUGGGGUUUCCAAUAACGGAGGAGUUGACAAUACCGGACUUGGAGUGCUGAUCAAGCAGAAACAGGUGGCCAAGGUGAUUGGUUCUUAUGUGGGAGAAAACACAGAGCUAGUGCGUCAAUAUCUGGAAGGAGAACUGGCCGUGGAACUCACUCCCCAGGGAACCCUUGCAGAGAAGAUCCGCGCUGGAGGAGCCGGUAUUCCCGCCUUUUACACGCCCACGGGCUAUGCCACUCUCGUUCAGGAAGGCGGUGCACCCAUUAAAUACUCCAAGGAUGGCAAAGUGGAGAUUGCUAGCCAAAAGAAACCUGUGAAGGAGUUCAAUGGACAGAACUAUGUGAUGGAGGAGUCCAUCUUUGCGGACUUUGCCUUUGUCAAGGCCCAAAAGGCUGAUCCCUUGGGCAAUCUGGUGUUCAACAAGGCAGCCAGGAACUUCAAUGCUCCCAUGUGCAGGGCUGCCAAGAUCACCGUAGCCGAAGUGGAGGAAAUAGUGCCCAUUGGAGCCCUCUCUCCUGAUGAGAUCCAUGUGCCCGGCAUUUAUGUGAAGCGCAUCUUCAAGGGCACCGACUACAACAAGCGAGUGGAGCGGUUGAGGAUCACGGAGCCCAAGGAUCCUAGUAAGCCCGUUCCACCCCCUAGCCCUGCCCAGGCUCUGCGGGAGCGUAUUGCUCGGCGCGUGGCUCUGGAGUUCCGUGAUGGCAUGUUCGCCAAUCUCGGCAUUGGCAUUCCCGUCCUCUCCUCCAACUAUAUCCCGCAGGGCAUGAGUGUGAUGCUGCAGUCGGAGAAUGGAAUCCUGGGUCUAGGUCCCUUCCCCACCAAGGACGAAGUGGACCCGGAUUUGAUUAAUGCCGGCAAAGAAAGUGUAACUGUUGUCCCCGGAGCUUCUUACUUUGGCUCUGAUGACAGCUUCGCCAUGAUCCGUGGUGGUCAUGUGGAUAUCACCAUUCUUGGCGCCAUGGAGGUGUCGGCCACCGGCGAUCUGGCGAACUGGAUGAUUCCUGGUAAGCUGGUGAAGGGCAUGGGUGGAGCUAUGGAUUUAGUGGCUGCACCUGGCACCAAGGUGAUCAUCACCAUGGAGCACAAUGCCCGCGAUGGUUCCCCCAAGAUUUUGGAGACCUGUUCCUUGCCACUCACCGGCAAGGGUGUGAUCGACCUGAUCAUUUCCGAAAAGGCCGUGUUCCAGGUGGAAAAGGGAGUGGGCCUGACGCUGAUCGAGGUGGCCGAAGGUUACACUGUGGACGACAUCAUCGCCAGCACUGGAGCCAAGUUCACAGUGUCCCCCAAUGUCAAGACGAUGGGUCAGAUUCCGGUUUGAUGAACCCUUUAUGUGGAUUGCCCAGAGAAGCUGCAAUAUCUCCACUUGAGUGAUAAACGAGUGCAUUUAUUUUUUGUUGAUCGUGUGACAAAACCAUUUCUGUUACUAAAAUAUAAAGACCGUGUUGAAACUAA